CGGUUCAGUUGAGCAAUGCCUUCCCUGAUUUUCCGACGAUCCACAAUCGAAUUUGCUUCUCUCUCUACAAAAUUCGUGCAAUCUUCAAUUCCUAUAUUUUCUCUCCACACACAUUAAUGGCAGGCCUUCAAUAGCUAAGAAGCUGCGAUUCUCAGCAUCUAAUUCAGCUCAAACCGUAAAAACAGAUAUCUGAUUUAAGGUUGAUGAAGCUUGUAAUCGGUGAUUGCUGUUCCGAUCGAUCGUGCCGAGCAAUACUCCUAUGGAAUUCUCCUGAGAUCGAGCUGCCUUUCGUUUAUUCAGGAGGAACUUUGAAAGAGAAGCGGGGAUUUAGGGAUCGUUUUUCGAGUAAUGGCGAAAGGGGAAGAGGAACGCUGCGUCUUUCCCUUGACGAGUUUGCAGAUCGGGGAUUUGCAGUCCUACCUUUCACAUCUCCACCUGUUUCUAGCCAAUGAAAGUGGGAAUUUCUACAUCUUGGUGGAUAAUAGGCCAUGGUUGAAAGAUCCUGCAUCUCUGUCUACUCAUUGGUGGCAAUUGAUGGUCACUAAGUCCAGGUUGUCCCCAUUUGCGAACACAAGGGGCACAAAGGAAAGCAAGUCGGUUGAAGAACUUCCAGAGUUGCAGGCUUCUUCCCCACCACCUACCAGAAGACAAAGAGUCCUCCAAGAGUGGUUUCAUGUCAUCGAUGCUAUGGUUGUAUCUAGGAAGGAUGCUUUGCUUCCUGUAAAGAAGCUUACAAACACAUUGAUUGCAAAUGGCGCGAUACAGAGAACUCUGUACGGAUUCAUUGUGUUUGAGGUUGCAUGGAUUAAUGUUCGUGGAAUCAACUAUUAUAAUGAGCUUCAGACAGACACAUCACUUGCUAUAGAGGCUAAGAUUAUGCGGAGAUGGGAAUUCGACAGUAUAGCACAAGCUGACAUGAGCAUUGCCACGUGGUUUCCAGGGACGAUUAAUGAACAGAUUCUUUUGAAGGAUCAUCUGGAUGCCACACUAGGAGAUGAUGCUGAAGAAAGUUUCCCGAAGGCUGUCGAUGCGAAUGGGAAUGAAACUUCCGGUGAUGUAACAUCUGCUGGGAGCGAUACUCCCUGCUCUCCUGAUAAUACGCCUAGUGUGUGUCCAGAUACAACUGAGAUUAUCAAGAAGACACACCAUACAUCCCCUACCCCUGCGAGUGUUAAUAGCUCUGGAGAGGCAAACCGUGACCUGAAUGGAGUCUGUUCGAAGACCUCUGAUGUAAGUGACUAUGAAGAAAAAAUCGAGGUCACAAUCUAUCGUGAUGUUUUGAUUCUAUUCAAGUUCAGUGAUCCCUAUCUCCCCUUCAAGUUAAAGCACAUAAUAAUGUCAAAACUAAGGCUACUUACCCUACUUGAAGCUGGACUUCCAUCUUGGGUCAUUUUCCUGCAGUCUUACCCAGGAUUUUGCCGGAUAUAUAAGCCAUGGAUGUGCCCAUUAGCACGAGGUCUAUACGUUUUUAUCUCAGUUGUCACUGUCCUCAUUGGAUUUUAUGACUUGUACAAGAAUGUACCUAUGCUUAAGGCGACAGUUUCUAGAAUGUUCGGACCCCUUUGUGACUGGAUAGACGCGUGGGAAAUGACUUCAAGGAUCCAAUAUUUAGGAACCAUGCUGUUUCUUAAUCACUUCCAAAAGGCCAUGAAAUGUUUCCUUACAGCAACAAGGACCAUUCUCUCCAUCCUCACUUUCUUUUUUGCACCAUUGGCUCGACCCUUUGCUGAGCUCUCGGAACUCUUCUUCCCCCUUUGGAAUCUGUUCUUACCAUUAGCACAGAAUUUCUUCUCGGUGAUUUGCACAGUGUUAGAGUCUUCCUUCACGAUGAUAGGUGAUAUUUUGGAGAUGUUCCUGUUGCCUGUGUGGUACUUAUUCAAUGUAGCUAGGAAUGUUGCAAUGAAAUUUGUAUAUCCUGUAGCAUGGAUAUUUAUUUACGCUCCACUUAAGCUGCUAUUUGGAUUCUGCCGCAUUCUCUCAUCGUCGUGUACGGUCUUAUACGCCUUGUUUAGAAACAUGUGGAUGUCUACAAGGAGAAUAUUUAGGGUAACGAAGAGUGUCCACUCAACAGUGAGCACAGUUGAGAUUUCAAUGUGGCGUUCUCUUUGGCAUGACCUUUUCUCUCAGAUUUUUCGUGCUCUCCGAAGUAUUCUCCACGGUUUAGUGGCUUUCCUCGCUGCCUGCAACAGGCACCGGCUCAGUAUCUAUAAUCACGUGGGUGAGUUCACGAAAAGAUCAUUAAGAGCCACAAGGAGUGCGUGGCCUCAAGAUAAAGCUGAGAUAAGUUUGUUGACCGAAGAUUCGGAUGACAGUCCACUUCCCUGGAAAGAGUCCUCCUAUCGAGUGAAGAAGUCCGAGAAGGACUUGUAACAUUUCUAUCAAAGAGACAGAUCAGCUUAGAGAAGGAAUCGAAAGUUACUUCGUGCUUGGUGCUCAAUAAAUUUCGAUAGCGAUGUUUGUGCACUAGUUGAAGAAAUGAAACAACUUCUUAUACAUCUUGGAAACUGAGAAUGACUUAGGCAAGUUCUUGAAGGACGAUGCUGUCGAACGUCUCCAUAAACUUGUGCUCCGAAACUCUUGGGGGUGACAUAAACACAGAAGUCAGGCAACAUCUCUGUGAUUUCUCAAGUUAGUACUAAUAUCUGCAACUGAGUAGGUAGCUAGUUAUUCUAUGUAUAGAUCAUGUAUAAUUACCUUUCUUCGUUUGCAAUGAAUCAGUGGAGGAUGAUUCUUGA